UCAUAGGAUAUGUUUUUGCGGUUGUUCCAUUGUUUUUUUGAAUGAUGGAAAGCUCAAUAUCGUGCGUUAUUGUUGACAUCUUUCUCGUUGAAGACAAACUCAAACUCAGGCACUCUUCACGUAACAUCUUUUACUUCACUUAGUUGCAUAUCUUGACAAAUACUUCAAUUCUAUAGAAAAAGAACAUUAACAUUAUUUUCUAAGUUUUCUUAAAUGGUUUGAUUCGAUGUGUUUUUAUCUUGCGGUAUGUAAUUGAUUUAUGCUGAGUUGUAAAUGUUUACACUUUUAGCUGUAAUUUACUUAUAAUAACUCCUUGGAGUAUACACUGAAGUUACUCUUUUUGUAUGCACUUCCGAAGUGAUACUUGUUAACGAAGUACAUGGUUUUGUCGAAAAAGUACGAGAGUGAUUUAAUUAGUGAAAACGUUGUCAUGAAUCGAAAACAGAUUUUGGAAAAACAACGAGCUCUUGGUAGCAUUUCUCAGAGUAAAACAGGAGACGCCAUUUUGAGGAAAAACAUUUUUGAAAUGCGUGUUUUAAAGACAAAGUUAAGCGACCUUGAAAACGAACAGAAAGUGUGGAAAACCCAUCACAACUACGGCGUAAAGGAAGCCAAGAAAGAGGCUAGAGAGAUGGCUAAAGUAAGGACUUUUCGACAUGUCGCUCAAGUAGCGCUAGCAUCGCAAAGACUAAAGAAUCUCGCUCCAUUAUUCAAUAAAACUCAAGAGGAUCAUAAAGAAGUUGAAGAAGAUCUAGACCUCGAAACGAAUACGCAUGAAAGCGCAGAAACAUUGAACAAAGAGUUGAAACCAUUUCCAAGAAAAGUGCGUCAACCAAACUCAGAAAACGCACCACGUCUGCCUCCAUUGACGCUAAGCCCUCAGGCUCGUCACUUUAGCUUGCCUACCAGUAUCCCAGAGAAGUCAAGCAACUUUCCAAGUCCGCUUAUUGCGCGUCGACGAGUAAACACAUGGACUGGGAAGUCAGUUAUUACCGCUAACAGCAGUACAGCAGCGCGAGAUGUUACAACACCAUUCUCGAGCCCAGUUACGGGAUCAAUGUCACCUAUGUUAGAUAAACGUUUCCUAGGACUCAAAGCAGCGCUCGUUCCCAUGCAUCCAAGCGAAGAAAGCGAAAGCGAAGAAGGUCGACAAGAGGACGAGGAUUCUUCAAGCGACGAUGGAUUUCCCACUUGCGGCUCAAUUUCAUUGUAAUAAUUAUUCUAAUAGUGAAAGAAACGUGUCUUGUGCUGAACUAUGCUUCUCUCGACCGAAAUAUCACAGGCGAAGGAAGAAAAAGCUGGAAGAGCUAUGUUUCACUAACUAGGCGACCAUGCAUCUCAUCCAAUCGACCAUAUUGGCAUAUUGUUCUAUGAUACGGUAUGCCAUAUAUACGCCAAACCGACCAUUAUUGAAUGACAAAAGGUGACAUUGUCCGGUCGUAGUGCAUGCUGGUUUGGCAAUGCAAUUGACUGAGUUCGAAUCCCAAUUAGGGAUCAAAACUCUAACGGGUUGCCUCAGUAUUGUAUAAGAAAUUUUUCCUCCAAAUUUGAUAAGAAAUAUAGGAAUGAGUAGUAUUAGCUGCAUAGUUGGGGCCGGAUUUUUUGUGGGAUUUGUGGAAAAAAUCUGUGUGCUCAUGAAUAUUUGUGGGUUAAUAUAUUCAAUAUUUUUGUGGGCUAUUA